CUCCCGCCGCAGCCAACUUGAAAGAAAAGUGUACUCUGUAUCCGGCUUCCUGCAGCGGAGACACCCAUCAGAGAACCCAAGCACCAAGACAAAGCAAAUAGUUGGUUCUGCUCAGAGAAGUCUUGAGAUUAUUUAAAGAUCUCCUCUCCUCGGAUUUAGAAAGGCAAAGGCGCAGAGAGGGGGAUGGGAAACAGCUCCGGAUGGAGGGGCCCAGCAGGGCAGAGGCGAUUGCUGUUUCUCUUCCUGCUCUCUUUGUUAAGCCAGGCGCUCUCCCAACCGAUCCGCUACGCUAUUCCCCAGGAGCUGGACAGAGGCUCCCUGGUAGGGAACCUCGCCAAGGACCUGGGCUUUGGCGUAGGGGAUUUACCUACUCGGAACCUGCUGGUUAUUGCAGAGAAGAAAUUCUUUACCGUGAGCCCCGAAAAUGGGGACUUAUUUGUGAGCGACCAUAUAGACCGAGAGGAGAUUUGUGGCAAGAAGUCAACGUGUGUUCUGGAAUUUGAAAUGGUUGCUGAAAAGCCUUUAAACGUUUUUCAUGUAACCGUGCUGAUCCAGGAUAUUAAUGAUAACCCACCGACGUUUAGCGAAAAUAUCACUGAGCUGGAAAUCAGCGAACUGGCGAUCACUGGAGCCACCUUUGCCGUGGAAUCUGCUCAGGAUCCUGAUGUAGGUGUCAAUUCGCUGCAGCAGUACUACCUCAGCCUUGAUCCGCACUUCUCUUUGAUUCAGAAGGAGAACCUGGAUGACAGUAGGUACCUAGAACUAGUACUGAAAGCACCCCUGGACAGGGAAAAGCAGCCGCAUCACCACCUGGUCCUCACAGCUGUGGAUGGGGGCGAGCCCUCCAGAAGCUGUACCACCCAGAUCAGGGUAAUCGUUGCAGACGCAAAUGAUAACCCCCCAGUAUUUACUCAGGACAUGUACAGGGUCAGUGUUGCAGAGAACCUGCCCACUGGCUCCUUGGUAUUAAAAGUGAUGGCCACUGACUUGGGUGAGGGCGUUAAUGCCAAAAUCAUCUACGCCUACAUCAAUAUUGGUAAGGCAGUGAGACAAUUAUUCAAGCUGGACAGUAAAACGGGGGAACUCACCACUGUUGGAGAACUGGACUUUGAAGAGAGUGAUAGCUACACAAUUGGGGUGGACCCAGCUCGGCUGUCCUACCACAUUCAGCAGCCUAGCGAGCUGCUCAGCCUGGGGCUGAGCACUGGUGAAGUGUGCACGGCGCUUACCUUGGGCUACAGGGAGGCCGCCCGCCAGCGCCUGCUGGUCACUGUUCGUGAUGGAGGACAGCCGCCUCUUUCAGCCACCGUCACGCUGCACCUAAUCUUCGUAGAUAGCUUGCAAGAGAUACAGCCUGACCUUAGCGACCGUCCCACUCCCUCUGACCUUCAGGCAGUGCUACAGUUUCACCUAGUAGUGGCGUUGGCCUUGAUCUCGGUGCUUUUCCUCCUCGCGGUGAUUCUGGCCGUCGCCCUGCCGCGACGCUCUUCUAGACCCGCCACUGAGGGCUACUUUCAGCCUGGUCUCUACUCCAAGACUGUACCUGGAGCUCUCCCCAACUAUAGCGAAAGGACUUUGCUUUAUUCCUACAAUCUGUGUGCUGCCUCACAUUCCUCAAACACCGAGUUUAAAUUUCUCAAUAUAAAGGCUGAAGAUGCUGCACCACAAGAUCUGCUAUGUGAUGAAGCAUCUUGGUUUGAAAGUAAUGACAAUCCAAAAAUGCCUUCUAAUUCAGGCAAUUUGCAACAAGUGAGUUUCUUCAAACCUUUCCUUCCAUAA